UACAAAACAUGACAAAAUUUUCAUCCGAGCAGUAUAUAAAAAAAUCAUGCGAGAGUGUGUGCGUGCGUGCGUGCGUGCGUGCUUGCCACAGCCGUCCAGCUCUAGACUCCCUCUUUUUCCGUCCUAACUCCAAGCUAAACCGAACUAAACAAAACUAACCGUCGAAAACCGAGGUCUAGUCCUGGACGUCAACAGACAUACGGUAUGGUGAGACAGAGCAAUGGCUCCCCCACACACCACCCCCCUCCUCGUGCUGACGAAGGAGCGCAUCGACACGCUGGUGGCCCAGCACAAGCAGGUGCUGGGGCGCGGCGCCUCGUGCACGGUGUACCUGGUGGAGGUCGGCGGCGCCCAGUGCUGCCUCAAGGUGGCAAGGGAGCAGCGCCUCGCAGCCAUGUUCCGCAGGGAGUUUGACAUCCUGCUGGACCUGGACGGCGCGGCGGGCGCCCCCAAGGCCUUGGGCACCAGCUUUGGGUUCCCCGCCAUGCUCACCACCUUCUGCGGCCAGAACACCUUCUGCGACCUGCACAACCUCGCUCAAAGCGACACGGACAGACUGGCGGCCUUCGUGGCGCUGGCCCGGGACGUGCAGCAGCUCCACGCCUGCGGCUACACCCACAACGACAUCAAGCCCGACAACGUCGUGGUGCGCCAAGACGCCAAAGGCCGCCUGCAGGUGUCCCUCAUCGACUACGGCUUGGCCAAGAGAUUCGGCACAGGACUCCGCAUCGCGCGCACGCACACGCACCGCACGCCCUGGAUGGCCCCGGAGCUGCUCCGCGGCGCGCCCUGCUCGCCCCCCGUGGACGUGUUCUCCCUCGGCUACGUCCUGAGGCGCGUCCUGGCCACGUGCCACACGCAAUACCCCGGCCUGGAGGUGCUGGCCGACAGAGCCAUGAGAGCCAACCCUGCACAGCGGCCCUCGGCGGCCCGCAUCAUCAAGACAGUCAAGGAGUACACGGGACAGACGUCCAGGAAGGCGGCCUUUGUCCGGCGUGUUCGCAAGGCCUUCUCCUGCCUCUUCCCGCGCCGCCGCCAUUACUAAGGCGGCAGACAAGCCAGGAUUUCUUUUCCCAACGGAUGAAGAGUUUUACCAGUUCAGUUGUUUCUUUUGGAGCCAGUUACUCAACACCCAUCAAGGGUUGAGGAAUACACUCCCCUGAGUUAUUACUAAGGCGGCAGACAAGCCAGGAUUUCUUUUCCCAACGGAUGAAGAGUUUUACCAGUUCAGUUGUUCCUUAUGGAGCCAGUUACUCAGCACCCAUCAAGGGUUGAGGAAUACACUCCC